CUGGCACACCACCCCCAGCUCGCCCCACGGGAACCGAGCAACCGCCCUAGACGGCUGUGCUCAAGGCGGACCACGUACUAAGAGGUACGUCGGUAAGGAAACACGUACCACUGCCAGACUCAGUUUCGUGGACGAGGGAAUUAGAGCUCCUCAGGUAGACCGCGACAGAAACUCAUUACCGCCAUUGAAACGCCCCGCCGCCAUCGGAAUGCGCGCCGGAUGCGCGAUGCCAUUAAAACACGUGCCUGAUGCACGAGGUUGCAGCAUGGUCAUACUAUCCUCGCCACGAACCCUGCAUCCGAACGCCGGGACACCGACUGUGCGGGCGGGAUGUGAAUGGCCUCUCACGCGACCGCCAAUGAUCUAUUCUGGUCAAUCCGGCCUGCCGUAGACGUCGACGGACGCACAGAACCGCCGUGAUCUAUCCCGCGAGCCGCGCCACACCUACCACGUCACGCCUCACUGCCCGCGUCAGAGACGCGAGCAGUUGCAGCGGGUGAGGCAGUCCGACCGUGCGCGCGACAAGGAGAGCUGU